GCAAGUUCAGAAACCGGCAGCAGCUGAACGCAAAAAAGAAAGAAGCUGAACACCAAAGCCCUGAACCCCUGCAAAACCCCGGGGCUGCCGUGCGCGCCCCGGAACCGGCAGACCGGCCGAUGCCUCCGCCGCCGCUGCUCGCCGUGGCCUCUCUCCCGCACCAAUGCUCCGUCCUCCUCCGCCACCUCGCGGCGCGCCACUCCCCGGUCCCGUCCUCCCCGUCCUCCUUCCUCCGCACCCUGCGCUGCCUCCACGCGCGCCUCCUCACCGCCGCGCUCCUCCACGACCCGUCCCACCCGCACCUCACCCUCCGCCUCCUCCACCUCUACACCCUCUCCCCGGACCUCGCCACCCCGGCCGUCCUCUUCCGCGCCGACCCGGGCCCCGUCGCCGCCACGUCCCUCGUCUCCGCGUACGCCGUCGCCGGCCGCCUCCGUGACUCCGCCGCCUUCUUCGACUCCGUCCCGGUCGCGCGCCGGGACACCGUGCUCCACAACGCCAUGAUCUCCGCCUUCGCCCGCGCCUCCCUCGCCGCGCCCGCCGUCUCCGUGUUCCGUUCCCUGCUCGCCUCCGACGACUCCCUCCGCCCCGAUGACUAUUCAUUCACCUCGCUCCUCAGCGCCGUCGGACAGAUGCACGAUCUCGCGGUGUCGCACUGCACGCAGCUGCACUGCGCCGUUCAUAAAUUGGGCGCCGGUGCUGUCCUAUCCGUGUCCAAUGCGCUCAUUGCGCUGUACAUGAAAUGUGAUGCGCCUGGGGUGACCCGCGACGCGCGGAAGGUGCUUGACGAAAUGCCGGAGAAGGACGAGCUCACGUGGACUACUAUAGUCGUGGGGCAUGUCAGGAAAGGCGAUGUUCAUGCUGCUAGAUCAGCUUUUGAAGAGAUUGAUGGGGAGUUCGAUGUUGUGUGGAACGCGAUGAUUUCGGGGUACGUGCAAUCAGGAAUGUGCGCGGAGGCGUUUGAGCUGUUCAGGAGGAUGGUGUCAAAAAGGAUACCACCUGACGAAUUCACAUUUACUAGUCUCUUGAGUGCUUGUGCAAAUGCUGGGUUUUUUCUGCAUGGAAAGUCUGUCCAUGGACAGUUCAUUCGGUUGCAGCCAGAUUUUGUUCCUGAGGCAGCUUUGCCUGUUAACAAUGCGUUGGUGACCUUGUACUCAAAGUCUGGGAAGAUCGCUGUUGCGACAAAGAUAUUCGACAGUAUGACACUGAAGGAUGUCGUUUCUUGGAACACCAUUUUAUCGGGGUAUAUUGAGAGCGGUUGCUUGGACAAUGCAGCCAGGAUAUUUAAGGAGAUGCCAUAUAAGAGUGAGUUGUCAUGGAUGGUGAUGGUCUCCGGAUAUGUCCAUGGAGGCCUUGCGGAAGAUGCUCUGAAGCUGUUUAACCAAAUGAGGUCUGAGGAUGUCAAGCCAUGCGACUACACCUAUGCUGGUGCAGUAGCUGCAUGUGGUGAACUUGGGGCGCUCAAGCAUGGAAAGCAGCUCCACGCGCAUCUUGUGCAGUGUGGUUUCGAGGCAAGCAAUUCCGCUGGAAAUGCACUACUAACCAUGUAUGCUAGAUGUGGUGCUGUUAAGGAUGCUCGUCUUGUGUUCCUUGUGAUGCCCAAUGUUGACUCUGUAUCGUGGAAUGCCAUGAUUUCAGCCCUUGGGCAGCAUGGACACGGUAGAGAAGCGCUUGAGCUCUUUGACCAGAUGGUUGCUCAAGGCAUAUAUCCUGAUCGAAUUUCCUUCCUCACAAUUUUGACAGCGUGCAAUCAUGCUGGUUUAGUGGAUGACGGCUUUCAAUAUUUUGAGUCCAUGGAAAGGGACUUUGGCAUUAGCCCUGGAGAAGAUCACUAUGCGCGGCUGAUAGAUUUGCUUGGUCGGGCUGGAAGAAUUGGAGAAGCUAGAGAUUUGAUUAAGACAAUGCCUUUUGAGCCCACCCCAGCCAUCUGGGAGGCAAUUCUCUCUGGCUGUCGGAUUAAUGGAGAUAUGGAACUUGGUGCUUAUGCGGCAGAUCAGCUCUUUAAGAUGGUACCAGAGCAUGAUGGCACAUACAUCCUACUGUCCAACACAUAUUCAGCUGCUGGACGUUGGGUGGAUGCUGCAAGAGUAAGGAAGCUAAUGCGUGACCGUGGAGUGAAGAAGGAGCCUGGUUGCAGCUGGAUAGAAGUCGGAAACAAAGUCCACGUGUUUCUUGUUGGUGAUACAAAGCAUCCAGAUGCGCAUGAAGUCUAUCGGUUCCUUGAAAUGGUUGGUGCUAAGAUGAGAAAGCUAGGAUAUGUUCCUGAUACAAAGUUUGCACUGCAAGAUAUGGCGCCCCAUGAAAAGGAAUAUGUCUUAUUUGCGCAUAGUGAGCGAUUGGCUGUCAGUUUUGGACUUCUAAAGCUGCCUGCUGGAGCUACAGUUACAGUUCUUAAGAACCUCAAAAUAUGUGGUGACUGUCAUACUGCAAUGAUGUUCAUGUCAAGGGCAGUCGGACGGGAGAUUGUUGUUAGGGAUGUUAGGCGGUUUCAUCAUUUCAAGGAUGGAGAAUGUUCGUGUGGUAAUUAUUGGUGAUUUGAAUUUUUGCUGUCAUGGCAGUAGAGCUUCUAACAAACAUCGUCAAAUCAAGGAUUCAAAAUCCAGUUAACAGAAAGAGGGAAAAAAUUACUGGACAGGACAGUUUUUCUACGAGGCAGUUUCAGUGAUCAAUUUUUAAGUCAAAAUCUGAAUUUUGCGUGCUUUCAGUCGUUCACUGACAGGCUGGCGGCUACUGCUUGGAGCUCCUGUUCGUCAAUUCACAGUCGUUUGUUUUUACCAUUCUUCAGAGCGACACUGGGCAACAUCAUUAUUUUUUCAGGCAUCUUGGUUGUAAUUAAACAAGAGGGACCAAAUAGCAAUCCAGGGGCAUGGACCAAUUCAGAUUUGCUGGCAGAGAAGCUCUUCAUGGUUCAACUAUCUCUCCGUCUUCUGUAAAUAACUGGCAGAUUAGUGUACUAACUUCUACUACGUCUGCCAGGGCCACGGUGAUGCCAGUGGUCAUCUUUCACAAAUCCUUUCCGGUCGCCAUGGGAUAUUCUAUAGUGCCUAAGUGAUGGAUGAGGAGCUCAAAUGAUAACCCAGCAGUGAUGACAGAUGACAGCAAAUUCCUAAGGAACUGGGGCCACGUUACACCAGAUCUAUUGAAUGAGUCUGCCAGUCACAAGGCUGGCAUGUAGAGGAGCAUCCUUGCAUUGAGCUCAUCCGCUCAAGUAUGAAUCCUGCAAAAAGGAACCUCGUACCCUUUGUGGGGUCAAAUGAGGACUAUCAGCAGGCAGAUGACAGACAGCUGAUAUGCACCUUCGCUGCACCGAGGCAACUGUACAGGUGAUCUCCUUUGGAUGUAAACUUCGAAUCUGUUGGGAUAUGCUGUUUCGGUAUGAUUUGGGGAACUGGGGGUUAGGCUUAAAGAGUAACUAUAAUGCGGAACAAGGAAGUAGCAACAUAUCGUUGCAGCAAGGAACUUGUCAGGACCCAGCAAAUCUGACAGCCGAAAUUGUCACGAAAUCGAAAGAAUUUUGGGGAUUUUGGAGAGAUAAAUCAAAGAUAGAAGAACCCUAGCUACUACUAUGCUAAAGUACAGCUAAGAGACAAGAGUAUUGGAUUUUCUUUCAUGCUUGUAUUUCACACAUAGGUGGGCUUAUAUAGCUCACGAGUUAUAUUAAGAUUAGAACAGUAAAUAUGUAAUAGAGUAAACAAAGAAACAAAAGUCACUUGUGUCCGUUGGAUGCCAGAUAAUAAUCUUGUAGUCGUCUGUUGUCUAUCCUGACCUCCUGGCUCCUUCUGGUACCCUGCUAGGUCCACACAGACUGUAGCAUGAUGAUGUACUUUAUUUUGUAUGGACUUCCAGGUUGCAAAAAUAAUUGGCACACAUAGUUGUAUCACCAUCGUCAUGUUGUUCUUUGGAUCCCGUUCGUCAAAGUUCAGCGAAAGGCGGGCAGCUCGCACUGCCUCUUCGGCCACACACCUUCCCACUCCAAAUCACAGCCGACAGUCAUGGAAACAUGGAAUGUGGAGCCACAGAGUACCUCCAAACCCGCCUUCGGCAUUAAUCUGAAGCUCCAAAGAUUUGUGAUCCUGGAUUGGUUGUCUGAAGUCUGAAUAUUUGGGAAGCAAGAAACAGUGUCUGUAAAAGGGGGACAAAAUGUAAUGGGGCACAAUGUUGCACCCUCGACGUAUUGAGAUCUUGCAGAGAAGACUAAAGCAUAUUUUGAUAUGACCCUGCGGUUUUCCUUCCAAACCAGGGCUUCCAGCAGGUUGGAGUCACCACAUUUCGCUUCAAAAUAGGCUCCACCACCGUGGGUGCAGGACAUGAACACCAAGCAAACAUGGUGAUUCGUAGGGAGAGUGCUUGCUGGCGAGCAUGUUGGAGCUGCAGCGAGCAGCUCCUUCUCCUUAAGAAGCGCUGCAGAUCCAACAUUUGGUAUCAGAAUCAUUUAACGGUCUCUGUUUGCCUUGAUGUCGGGAGACGAUGUCGAUGCAACGACGAAGGUUGAGGAGCUUGCGAAGAAGCUGAAGGAGGCUGACUUUGGCAUGAUGCCGAAAGCUGGGCUCCCCACCGACGGCAGCAGCGGCGACCUCCUCGUCAUCGAGCGGGUGGUUCGGCAAAGCUCGAGCAUGGUGCAGGUACCACUGCUCACACAUUCGAACUAUACCGAGUGGGCUCUUGUCGUGCAGGUCCAGAUACAAGCGCAAGGAUGGUGGGAGGCGAUCGACCCGGGCGUCUGCAACUACCACGACGACCGCGAGGCUAUGGGGUUCAUCCUCAGGGCUGUGCCUCCGGAGCUGCUUCGGUCGCUGCCCACGAAGAGCAGCUGUGAAGGAGGCAUGGGACGCGGUGAAGGUGAUGCAGAUAGGGUCAUAGAGCGGACGUGAAGCUCGUGCUCAGACCCACUGUCCGGAGUUCGAGAAUCUCGCCUUCAAAGACGGCAAGAAGAUAGAGGACUUCGCGAUGCGUCUCACCGGCAUUGUGAAUGAUGCGGAGGUCCUUAGUGACAGCGCUAGCGAGCACAAGGCCUGCUGAAAUUUCUGAGACGUGUGCCACGGCAGACACCAGUGCUGUGUGUGGACUGCCGUUUCAAUCGGACAGACUCCCACAGCGCGCUUGCUUCACCACAUAAGUUCAGCCUUUCCAGGCAACAAGGACCAUGUGAACUUGAGCAACACUGUAGUAUCACAUAUAAUUUCAGGCAACAAGCUGGGAGCAUGAAACAUAACUGAAUAAUGAGCCAAACUGGAACAACAGCUCUAGUACUUCAGUAGUUUCACCACAUAAUUUCAGGCAACAAGGUACAUGUAACAACAGAACAAUCAGCCAACCUUAAAGGAAAGCUCAGUUUGUGAGUGAAGGCACACAACUGAAUGAUCAAGAAUCGUUUCGACCUUGUAUUUCUGAAGCAAGGCAUUACAAUAAGAUAGCUAGAAGGGGUAAAA